AUGUCCUCUCACGCCCCUGUCGUUGACCCUUUACUUAUGGCUAACCAGCCACAGACUCCAAGCUCUGAGCCAAAACCCCCGAAAAGCUUCAAUCUGCUGCCAGCCCAGUCAGCAAUGUGCGAACUGGCAGGACACAAACUUGCUUGCCUCGUCAACCCGUUUAUACUGCCUCGAACUGCCCUCAAGGUUGGAGUUAUGUAUCGGAUGGGUCGUGACGCAGACAUUGGCAUGGACGUUGAAGAGAUUCCCCGCUAUCUGGAAUUCUUUGAUGCCAUCCUCAUCCAUGUUCCAUGGUUAGAACAAGAACUCUUCAAGAUCGACUCUAGGGAACUCACUGCAGUCACUAAUAAGUUGACAAGUGGUAUGAGUGAGCAACGCUCAAUGGACCUCAGUUCGGUGAAGCACGCAGGCUUAGCUUACAUCCCACUGGACAUGAAGAAACUGUUUGCGCUUGACCCCCCGCUGCCAAAAACCGAAGACAAGUCCAAGCGAGGGUUCUUCCAUCCAGGUCUUGCCAAGUUGCUGUGUCCCCAGAAAAAGCGUCAGACCUUUGACGAGGAUCCAGAGUUUAUGAUGGCUGCAAUACAAGACGGUUCAAUCAGGGUCACUGAAUACAUGUGGCCAUCAUAUUUCUAUGAGGACGGUGUCUAUGACCCAGAGGACAGGUCCAAGGGUCUGUUCCAUGGUCACAUUGCUUGGCGUUUCUAUGUCCACCUCUUCAUUGGGCCGUCUGCAGCGACAAAUGGAACUAGUCUCAAUACUGUCACUCCUAACAUUAUCGCAUAUGUACAUAUCAUGUCUUACAUUACACUGAGUUCUGCGCCCAAAUGGAUGCACGAAGUAGGCGAGGUAAACCUAGAAAGUAUGGCAACUUUAAUUCUGGAAAUAUUCAACGACCGUGAUGAUUGGACACAUGAAACACUUGAGUGGUGGAACUUGCAUGCUUUCCCAAAGGUUCAGAAGGGAGGAGUGUCAAAUGGAGUACGACGCCAUUAUGAAGAUGACUCUGAUGAUGACAUUGCCCAAAUUCGUGCGAAGCGUGCCGCAUCUACGACAAAGCACCAAAUCUCAGUGAGCCCAGCUGUAAUCCUCGCUGCUGAUAGGACUAUGUCUACAAUUGAGAGAGAUGUAUCUCCACUCAUGAGCAAUGGCAACGUGGAGCUGGAAGAUAUCAGGGCCGCAUUACCGUCACCCAAGAAGCCUUCGUCUGCUGCUGCCAAAAAGAGGGCCCCCAAGCGCAGAAAGGUGGUAAAUCAGGAGGAGUCGAUUUUCGCUGACACCGUAAAUUCCCUUGACCCUGAGGAUCAGGACCUCCAUUUGUCUCGUAAGAACCCACCCCAUGCCCCACACCUCCAGAAGAAGUCCAACGGUUUUUAGUGGCAAGCACUUGCCCAUUCGAAGUCUCCCUCCUUGUACGCAUGCUGUCUAUUCUCAGUUCAUGUCCUUGUACGCAUUACAUUGUCACCCCGGAUGCUUUCCAACUGGUAUGCACACUGUUCACUCAUGUUCUUGUACGCACUGCAUUGUCUCCCAACGCAUGCUUUCGUGAUAGCACUG